CGAUAAGCUACCGGAGUUAUGGCACGCAUCCCGGAAUUAUGCGUCCCCGCAUUCUGCUCUGAUUACGCCGACAUCGCCGACAUCUCUGGUUCUUUGUCAUCCCCCCUAGCACCACCCCCACCAGCUUGUACAUCCCUAUUUAUAUACACCUCUAGUGUACUUAAGUUAGCUUUCAGCGAGAAGAAGCGAUGAAGGUUCUAAAGAGCUCGGCUGUCGUUUUGUACUGCCUCUCGGACGGCGCUCAGGGGUUCCCGGCCUUGCCAGCCCUACAAUUGUCCGACUUGUUGGCGAGCACCGGAUCGGCCCUCGACAACGCCGCUAAGGGCGCGAGCCGCAUGCUGUCCCAGGCCGGCAAGGAUGUCAAGGCGACCUUCGAGCAGGCCGAUCUUGGCGACGGCUCGCGCCCCCCGGACGGAGGAGCCUGGGGUCCGGAAAACCCGCUCCCGGACGUCUUGGCGAAUCCUCGCGCCCACUUGAGCGUUGCGCUAGCCGACGCAGGCGGAGCGAUCGAUAGCGCGCUCCAAGGGGCUAGCGCGUGGGCCGACAAAGCUAACGAAAAUAUGCGUGAAGAUCCCGGCCGCACGAUCCUCCACGCCGCCGGAGACGCGGCAAAGGUGGCUGUGAUUGUCGCCCCGGGUAUGUUUUGGGGCCCGGUAUUCAGGGCUCUCGGGUUCGGGGUCACCGGGGUUGCCGCUGGAACCGCUGCGGCGCGCGCUCAGGUGGGGUUCGGCGGGUUUAUCCCGGCGAAGUCUGCCUUCUCCUACUUUCAGAGCGCCGCCACGGGAGGAUACGGGGCAGCGGUCAUGGAUCAGGUGGUUCGAGCGACGGUGGUGACCGUCGAGAUUGUCAGCAGAUUGGGCAAACGCGCCUUGGCCGGUGAGAAAGAGAAAGAUGAGGACAAGAUCGAGGAGGACAAGAUCUAGAAAGGCGGCACAUGUGGAUAGAAAUCGGGGAAGAGUGGAAGAGCACGUCGAAGAGGCCACGGGGACGAAACUCACGUACAGACAGCGAGAAGAAGAUCAAUGCAAACAGAAACUCCAUGUGUAAGCGGCUAUGU